AUGGCUCCAUCCCUCACAGAAACCGUUUCUAUCCGCGCACCGCCGGUUUCAACGCUCAAGGCAGAUGCAGGUUUCAACAAGGAAAACCUGAUCGGAUACAAGUACGAAAAAGAAGCCGAGCUCAAAGGGACCGACAAGCAGCCUCCUGCCUCGUACCCUAACUACCUCCCUGUCUGGGACAACGAGACUGAAAGAUACCCUCCCCUGGAACUGUUCGAGCACUACGACCAUGGCAAAGACGCCGAUCCCGCAUUCCCAGACCUGUUCCCCAAAGGGCAAGCCGAGACCGAUGAUAUUACUCCAUUUAUUGGCUCCGAAGUCCACGGCGUGCAACUGAGCAAGCUCUCCAAGUCCGGCAAGGACCAGCUGGCCCUCUACGUCGCCCAGCGACGAGUCGUGGCCUUCCGGGACCAGGACUUUGCCUCCCUUCCCAUUCAAGAAGCGGUUGACUUCGCUGGCUACUUCGGCCGCCACCACGUCCACCAGACAUCGGGUGCCCCUAAGGGAUUCCCCGAGGUCCACCUCGUCUUCCGUGGCGCUGAGGAUCGUACUGGCGCUCAGUUCCUGGAGCAGCGCACCAACACUAUCACCUGGCACUCUGACAUCACAUUCGAGAAGCAGCCCCCGGGCACCACCUUCUUGUAUGUGCUCGAUGGCCCGUCAACGGGUGGAGACACGCUCUUCGGUGACAUGGUGCAAGCCUACAAGCGUCUGUCUCCCGCCUUCCGGGAGCGACUGCACGGCUUGAAGGCAGUGCAUUCGGGCGUCGAGCAGGUCAACGCCAGUCUGAAUGGCGGCGGCAUUGCGCGUCGAGACCCUGUUACCUCGGAGCACCCGGUUGUGCGCACUCAUCCGGUUACCGGCGAGAAAGCCCUGUAUGUGAACCCACAGUUCACCCGUCACAUCGUCGGCUACAAAAAGGAAGAGUCCGACGCUCUCCUCAAGUUCCUGUACGACCACAUCGCUCUGUCACAAGACGUGCAGACCCGGAUCCGCUGGAAGCCCGGGACCGUCGUCGUGUGGGAUAACCGAGUGGCGUGCCACUCGGCCGUGUUUGACUGGGAGGAUGGUCAGAGGCGACACAUCGCCCGACUCACGCCUCAGGCGGAGCCGCCGUACGAGACGCCAUUUGAGGGGUAA